CUUGACGCUCCCCCCGCCCCGCCCCGCCCCUCCCCGCCCCUGCCUUGCCACCCUAAUCCUCUCCAUUGGAUUGAACCCCUAGCUGGAUGAUGCUGUGGAGGAUGCAGUCUCUCGCGUUGCUGUGACGGUUGGCUCAGGCGAUAGAGUGUGGGAGAUGUCGGGGGCGAGGAUUGCGGUCGUUGGAGAUUUGGGAGCUGCCAUUGAGUCUUGGAAGGAGGAAGGAGUGGAGUAGUGGAGUGGAGUGGUGUGCGAAGAGUAGAGCGAACGAACUGAAUGAAGUGAGAGCGGUGGAGCGAAGUGGGAAAAUAACAGUAGGACGGAUGCGUACGAGUUCUCGGAGUUUGUUGUCGUCACUGACGUGGUGCCUGGAGCUUGGAUGUCGGGAGGGGAGUAUGUGUUGCGGGAUGUUUCGCUCCUUGAGAUUUAAGUGGUAGUGUGUGGGUUUGCGUUUUGGCUCUGGUGAGGCGGGAUGUCGAUUGCGCGAGGCUCUGGCGGUAGAACAACCCAGCACAACCUCCCGAAUCAGUAGUUCCUCGCACGCAAGUCAUACGUAGGAACUUCUCUGUGCUCUCUCUCUUCAGGUUACUUGUUGCUCUGGGCCCAACGUGAUGCAAGUCCGCAUGUUGUGGUGAGUCGGUGUCCCGUUGUCCUCCGGAUUCAAUUCUCAUUCACGCUGCCUGCUUUUGGGAGGUGGAAGUGGCGAAGCUUUUCGGGUCCUUGGCUCUGUAUUUUGCAUCUCGAUCGACGAGGGUGAGAGCAUUUCUGCGAUCUUGGAGGCUCUUAGAAUUGGAUUUUGCUCCGGAGAUUCCCGAGAAGUUAGAUUUUUAAGGAUUCAGAUUCUCGUUGUGAAUUUCAAGCAGUUAGAAUUCGAGUAGACAACUCUCUAGGAGCUACAGGAUGCUUGGAGACCUUGGGAAAUACUUCGUUGUGCUAUCUGAUUCAUGACGGAUUGUCCUGUCUCCUCUGGUGGCUAUUCGGGGUUUAUUGUUCUUGCGCCGGUUGCUACUCGUUACUCUCGAUCUCUUGCUUUCGGCUUCUUCUUUUGUGAAUUAGAAUGGAGCGCAGAAGUGCAUGUGACAGUCACGCCUUCUCAUGCCAUUUAAGAUAUAUUUACUUUCCAGGUAGCCUGCGAUUGGUGCGGUCUCCUCCUUCAUACGGUUGAGUUCAGUUGAACUGUCUUUUUUUAAAAAAAGAAAUUUGAUUUUACUUCCCCCUUCCCACCCCUCCCCGAGAACUUCUUCUCCGACACUGUUGCAUUCAGGGGUUCUGCCUCUGUUCACGCCUUUAUUCGCUUUUUGCGCGGAAGCUUUAACGUCUAAAGUCUAUUAUAGACUGACAAGCUACAGAAGGAGAAAGCUGCUAGCUUACAAUGCAAGAGCUCAGUCCGGAUAAAUCUAUGAGUGUGUCAAGCUCCUCCAAUACACAUUCUGGACCGGACUUGGCGCUUCACAUCAGCCCACCAAGCAGUAGCAGCUGUGACAGACGUCUAAAGUCCUCCUCACAGUAUUCAAAUCUCCAAGUCGUGCCCGACCAUGUCCAUGGUUUCGAUCUCUGGAAGCAGCCCACGAAAUCUAUGAGCUGUAUCACUGAUAGCGAGAGCAAUGUCUCUAGUCCUGCAGCCGAGGGGUACAGUCCUGCUUACGUCAACAGCAUGGGAGCGUCAACAGUUCUGUGCCUGGCAAAUCCACCCUUGGAUUCACAGUAUGUCAAACGAGCUUUACCGAAAUCGACAGCCGACGAGGGGAUGGUCAUUGGACGUAGGGAAGAAGUUCAAGAAAGCGUGCAAGAAAAUGGAUACAUCUGCAAAGGUCUUGCCCACCCAUUCUUACUGGACAAUUGGUCAGAGUCAAUCCGCAUUAGCCCAGACAGGGUGUCCUCACCAUCUGAUCGAAUUCGCAAAGACUUACCAAGAACGUUCUCAAUCUACCCGAAUGAGACCCAAGAGAAUUUCACUAGGCGAUUGUCUGAGAGCUCAAUCGAUGAUCUUUAUUCCCAGCAGAGAGUGUUUUCACGACCUAAUUACACCAGCUCACAUCCUUCUCCUAUUCACGAGCUUUCUCUUGGUAGAUGGAGCGAUCCUGGAGUGCACCCCGAGGCCUUGCCCAGUAGGGACCUACCGAAGUUUCAAAACUACUACAUGGUUGGGAUGGACUCCUGUCAUAGAUUCUCACAUCAGUAUGGUCUCGAAAAUGGGAAGAAUAUGCUUGGCAUGCAGGCAUCGACGUGUGGAGGAAAUCUGUCAACUUUGCUUGGGAAUUAUGGAGCAGGCUACAAUGCUAAGCGGGAGGGUGUUUAUGCAAACGUUACCUCGUUUCGUUCACACUUUCCGCCGAGAUCGCCAGCUAAACGCUCGAUACGAGCUCCAAGAAUGAGGUGGACUAGUACAUUGCAUGCUCAUUUUGUCCAGGCCGUGGAGCUUCUUGGGGGCCACGAGAGAGCAACACCGAAAUCUGUUUUGGAGCUCAUGAAUGUGAAGGACCUUACUUUAGCUCAUGUGAAGAGUCACUUGCAGAUGUAUCGGACUGUCAAGACUUCGGACAAGUCAGGUCCUCCUUCAGGAUCACGAGAUCCGUCCCCAACGUCGUCCCUAGAUUCAAGAUUAACAACUGAGGAACUGCUAAUGAGUGAUAGCAUGUCCCAGACAGGAAGGAGUGUUCACAUGUCGAAUUCUACUAUGCACAAUCUAGAGCUGGGCAAUUACCGUAGUCUAGGCGACUCUCAAGACGCGACUGUAUCAAUGCAGAACAGAGUUUGGCUUCCAGAAAACCCUCAAAACUUCAACCAGGCUCAGAGAGGUUGCUGGAAGUUUGGGACCUUGAGCUGUUGAUGUUGUGACACUUGGCCCAGAUGCACAUGCUGGACAUUGUCAGCUAGGGAAUGCAUUAACUGAAUGUUUCGUAUGAGGUAACUUCUACAUCACUGUUCUUUCCUCCCUCGUUUCCCCGAAUGACGAAUAUAUAUAUAUAUAUAUAUAUAUAUAUAUAUAUUUUUGUCAGGUUUAGUGCCCUACACUUUUGAAAGGAAAGUAGCUAUAAUAAGAAGUGGGUUUCUAAAUGUCUUGCCAGUGACCACUCUGGCUAUAUCUUCUUAGAUUUUCUGUGGUUAUUCACGUAUACAAGUAUGUGGACCAGGUUACUAGGGGUCCAAUGUUAGGAACUAUAAUGGAAACUGAAAUAGGACCUGUUUUGGUCUUUUUUGCACACGGGAAAGGAAUUAUUUCAUUGUCUUUUUAGUAUAUGACAGAUCAGUAGCUUAACUUGCAUGCGGUUUUAUAGCUUCACUUAACCACUAGGCUAUUUGGAGAUCGCAUCAAGCAGCAUACCUAUGUUUUCCAGGCUCCCGGAAUUCCAGGCCAUUUUAUAAAUAAAGCAAUUAUGGGCAACCUUAUUUGCAAUUGAAGCA